UUGGCUGUGGGUCCAUUUCACAGGCCUGCCUCCUCGCCCUAACGAUCUUCCUCGUCCCCGGGCCAACUCGGACAGUUUGCUCGUUUAUUGCAACGGUCAAGGCUGGCUCGUGCUAGAACAGCGUGCGCGCGCGCACACACACACGCACACACACACGCGCCGGGGAAAACUUUUUUAAAAAAAUGAAAGCCUAGACUAGCUCUUCAGCGGCCGGGCGCUGCGCGAGGGGUUCGGAGUUGACUCCCCGCAGCAGGAAGUCCCUCGGGCCGCGACGCCCGGCCCCCUCUCGGCGCCCGCGGGGGAUGGUGCAGCGCCUGCCGCCCGGCCCCGAGAGCUGCUGCUGCACGGAAGGCCGGCGACGAUGGCAGCGCGCCCGCUGCCUGCGCCCCCCGCCCGCGCCCUCCUGCUCGCCCUGGCCGGGGCUCUGCUGGCGCCGCGCGCGGCCCGAGGGGUGAACUUGGGAAGCAGAUUCGUACCUUCCGUGCAACAGGCCGGCACGAGGGACGGGAGAGGAGCUUACGAAGUGGUCAGUGCCUCUCUUUUGAAUGGAGACCCGUGGAACCCAGUGACAAACGCAGACACAAAGAAUCAUCCAGGAGUCUUGAAUUUUCGAAUACAACUGGAAAGCAAAGAACUGAUUGUAAAUCUGGAAAGAAACAAAGGCCUCAUUGCCAGCGGUUUCACAGAAACCCACUAUCUGCAAGAUGGCACUGAUGUCUCCCUCAUCCGAAAUUACACAGGUCACUGUUACUACCAUGGACACGUGCAGGGCUAUUCUGGUUCCACGGUCAGUCUCAGCACUUGUUCUGGCCUCAGGGGACUUAUUACAUUUGAAAAUAAAACCUACAUUUUGGAGCCAAUGAAAAAUGAAACCAACAGAUACAAACUCUUCCCAGUGGAGAACCUGCAGAGCACCUGGGGACCCUGUGGAUCAAACACAACGGGCCUCGCUAUGCAUGACAGGCUCCCACCGCCCUCCCAGACCUGGACAAGAAGGCAAAAAAGAGAGACCCUCAAGACGACCAAGUAUGUAGAGCUCGUUAUUGUGGCAGACAACCGAGAGUUUCAGAGGCAAGGAAAAGACCUGGAAAAAGUCAAACAACGAUUAAUAGAGAUGGCUAAUCACGUUGACAAGUUUUACAGACCGCUGAACAUUCGAAUCGUGUUGGUGGGCGUAGAGGUGUGGAACGACAUCGACAAAUGCUCCAUAAGUCAGGACCCAUUCACGAGCCUCCACGAGUUUCUGGACUGGAGAAAGAUGAAGCUUCUACCUCGCAAAUCCCAUGACAACGCACAGCUUAUCAGUGGAGUGUAUUUCCAGGGGACCACCAUCGGCAUGGCGCCCAUCAUGAGCAUGUGCACGGCAGAACAGUCCGGGGGGAUCGUCAUGGACCAUUCAGACAGUCCCCUUGGCGCAGCUGUGACCCUGGCCCAUGAGCUGGGACACAAUUUCGGGAUGAACCAUGACACCCUGGAGAGGGGCUGUAGCUGCAGAACGGCUGCUGACAAAGGAGGCUGCAUCAUGAACCCCUCAACCGGGUACCCGUUCCCCAUGGUAUUCAGCAGCUGCAGCAGGAAGGACCUGGAGGCCAGCCUGGAGAAGGGCAUGGGUAUGUGCCUCUUUAACCUGCCGGAAGUGACGCAGUCCUUUGGGGGCCAGAAGUGCGGGAAUGGAUAUGUCGAAGAAGGAGAGGAGUGUGACUGUGGCGAACCGGAGGAGUGUCUGAAUCUCUGCUGCAACGCCACCACCUGUACCCUGAAGCCGGAUGCUGUCUGCGCACACGGACUGUGCUGUGAAAACUGCCAGCUGAAGCCUGCAGGAACGGCGUGCAGGGACUCUAGCAACUCCUGCGACCUCCCGGAGUUCUGCACAGGAGCCAGUCCUCACUGUCCGGCCAACGUGUACCUGCACGACGGGCACCCGUGUCAGGGAGUGGACGGCUACUGCUACAACGGCAUCUGCCAGACCCACGAGCAGCAGUGCAUCACCCUCUGGGGACCAGGUGCUAAACCUGCCCCCGGGAUCUGCUUCGAGAGAGUCAACUCUGCAGGCGACCCUUACGGCAACUGCGGCAAAGACUCCAAGAGCUCCUUCGCCAAGUGCGAGAUGAGAGAUGCUAAAUGUGGAAAAAUCCAGUGUCAAGGAGGUGCCAGCCGACCAGUCAUCGGUACAAAUGCCGUUUCCAUAGAAACGAAUAUUCCCCUGCAGGAAGGAGGUCGGAUUCUGUGCCGUGGGACCCACGUGUACUUGGGCGAUGACAUGCCGGACCCAGGGCUUGUGCUUGCCGGCACAAAGUGUGCAGAUGGAAAAAUUUGCCUCAAUCGUCGGUGUCAGAACGUAAGUGUCUUCGGUGUUCACGAAUGUGCGGUGCAAUGCCACGGCAGAGGGGUGUGUAACAAUAGGAAGAACUGUCACUGCGAGGCCCACUGGGCCCCUCCCUUCUGUGACAAGUUUGGCUUUGGAGGAAGCAAGGACAGCGGCCCCAUCCGGCAAGCAGGUAACCAAGGUUUAACGAUAGGAAUUCUGGUGACCAUCCUGUGUCUUCUUGCUGCUGGAUUUGUGGUUUAUCUCAAAAGGAAGACAUUGAUACGACUGCUGUUUACAGAUAAGAAAACCACCAUUGAAAAGCUAAGGUGUGUGCGCCCUUCCCGGCCGUCCAGUGGCUCCCAGCCUAGUCAGGCUCACCUUACCCACCUCAGCAAAGGGCCGAUGAGGAAGCCGCCACCUUCCAACACACCUAAGGACAAUCCCAGGAGAUUGCCGCAGUGUCAGCAUGUGGACAUCAGCAGACCCCUCAAGGCCCUUGACGCCGCCCCUCUGCCCAGUUCUUCUCAGCGAGGACUCCCGCCCCUGCACCCGGCUCCUCGUGUGCCCUGCGUCCCUGCCAGACCUCUGCCGGCCAACCCUGCACUCAGACAGGCCCAGGGAACUCGUAAGCCAAACCCUCCUCAGAAGCCUCUGCCUGCAGAUCCUUUAAGCAGGACAACCCGGCUUGCCAGGACCCCGGGACAGCAGGAGUCUGGGCUCCGCCGGGCGCCCAUCAGACCUGCUUCCAAACAGCCCCAUCAAGUGCCCAGAGCCACCCACAUCGCCUAUGCAAAGUGAGAAGCAAGCCAACAGCGUUGUUCAACAGUGAAGACAGAAGUUUGCACUAUCCAUCUCUCAACUCC